AUGGCUUUAAACACGGACUUCGAGAAUGAUCCCGAUGACUACACGGAGUCUGAACACGUCAAGGCUGUUGCCUUUGAUGAUAUGAAUCUCAAGUCUGAGCUUCUUCGUGGUGUAUACGCGUACGGUUUUGAGCGCCCUUCGUCUAUCCAGCAGUGUGCCAUUAUGCCUAUCAUCAAUGGUCACGAUGUGAUUGCCGAAUCCUCUUACGGUGCUGGGAAGACGGUUACUUGCGUUAUUCCCGUUCUUCAGAAAGUAAGAGCUGAUUUGAAAGCCUGCCAGGCUCUGAUUUUCGUUCCUACCCGCGAGUCAGCUUUCAAGACUCAGGAGCUCAUAGUCGCUAUCAGCGACUUCAUGAAUAUCCGGUGUCAUGCCUGUGUUGGCGGAGUCAGCAUGCUUGACUAUGAGAAGGUCUUCCAAGAUGCCCCUCACGUUGUGGUUGGAACACCUGGCCGCCUUAGGGAUUUAAUACAGCGUAGUAUCCUCAAGACGGCGAACAUAGAGCUGAUCGUCCUUGACGACGCCGAUGAGAUCUUUGCUCGUGGUUUCGCGGAUCAUAUCUACGAUAUUCCCCAACUUCUUUCGCACCCGACCCAGGUUGUUUGUACCUCUGCUACGAUGCCGCAAGACCUUCUCGAAGCCACCGGUAUAUUGAUGCAUGAUCUCCAUCAUAUUUAUAUCAAGAAGAAGGGAUUCCGCCUCGAAGGCAUCAAGCAAUUCUACGUUAAUGUCGAGAAGGAAGAGUAUAAGCUCAAGGCCUUUCUCGAUCUGUACACAAGCGUACCGGCGUUUCAGACAAUCACUUUCUGCAAUACGCGCAAAAAGACUGAAUGGCUCGUGGAGAAGCUGAGUGCUCUUAAGCUCCCCUUCUUCGCUAUGCAUGGGGAUUUGCCAGCAUUUGAACGUGCUGUAAUUAUGGAGGAAUUUCGCUCUACUUCUGCUGGGUUAUUGAUUGCCACUGAGCUUCUUGCCCGUGGUAUAGAUGUUCAGCAGAUUCCUCUGGUUGUUAAUUAUGAUCUGCAUGCGAAUUGUGAGAAUUACAUACAUCGUGUCGGUCGUGGCGGUCGUUCCGGCCGAAAUGGCGUCGUUGUCAAUCUGGUUACCUCCGAUGAUAUUUGUCUCAUUAGUAGAAUCGAGGAUUUCUAUGAUACCGAGGUUGAAGAGACAAUCUUAGAUCAUCUCAAGCUUUAUUUGACAAAGCAAGAAUGGGUCAAGACUUCAGAGACCUCACUUUGA